UUGAGGUUGCUGCAAAGAGUUUCAGAAGCUGCAGGGCAGACCAGCGAGCGAUUGUAUGAAGUCUGACUGUAUACAGUCAGUGGUUAACUGGCUGGACAAAUGGGCCCACUUGACCUACCUCUCGAUUGCUUAAUUUUGAUCUUUUCAUACUUACAUGACGAAGACUUAAUAAUAGCAUCAUAUGUUUGUAAGGCAUGGCAUGAGGCAGCAGAGACUCCAUGGCUUUGGCGAAAAAUCUGUCUGCGGAGAUGGGGUUUCUGCAAUAUUGGCAACUUUUUGUCUGACAUCGGCAAGCAGAGCUGGAAAAGCUACUACCUGCGACGUGCCCUCUUGGAGUUAAAAAUGAAGACUGGAAGGUCGGGUGGUGACUACACCUGCCAAAGUCUGCGAGGCCACAACGGCAAAAUCAUUGGCGUUGUGUAUUUGGCUGGGAUCAAUGCAGUCUCUGAGUUCUGGAACCAGUCCUCCAUAGUGUGCAGUGCCUCCACGGAUGGGACAGUGAGGGCCUGGGAUGUUCAAAAGGCCACCCAGCUGUGGUCAAGUCCUGAGCAAAGACCGCUUUGCGACAUUGUUGCAGACCUGCAGAAUAAUGUAGUGGUCACUGUGGACAACACUGGAACAGUGAAAGCCUGGGAGGGGCCAACAGGUGGGGAAGUGGCUUCUUUUUCCACAGGCUCACCUAAGAAUACACUGUAUGCAUGCAGCAUCAAUGACAAGCCAGUCAUCAUUGUUGGGUCAAAUAAUGGGGCGCUACAUACACUGACGAGUCCAUCAUUGUCAAAGCUCUCGAGUCAUGUGGUGUUUGACUCAUUCAGACUUAACUUGAUUCUAUCAUCCCCUGACAAAAAGUGGAUUCUAACGGCCACAAAGGAUUGCUCUGAAUUCAGUCCAAAGAUAUUCUUCAGUCCAAGUUUGUCCAGUGGCCCUGAGGGUGAGGGUCCAGUCAGUGUUAGUCUGCCAAGGUCCGUCUGUGGUGUCUAUUCUGCAGCCUUCCUGCCAUCACACUCAGCCAGGGUGGCGGUGAUCCACUGCAGUGAUCUCCACAGAAAAAAAUACCUCUCUGUCUUCAACAUCAGCAUGACAAAGACAAAAUAUGAUGAAGAACCCUCAGUUCAGCAGACCGAGUCCUUUGAGCUGGACCUGUCGUACACAAACAUCCUGCUCCAGGCCAGAGACAGCAACACACUGGUGGUGGCUGCAGGAAACCAGAUAAGUGUCUACUCUGUGAAAGGAGCUCUCAUGCAAAGGAUGGAGGACCACACACAGCCCAUCAUGUCCAUUUGUGUGGACAAUUUCCGUGUGGUGACUGCCUCUCGUGAUCUGUCUUUGAGAGUACUGACUUGGAAUCAUGAGAAUGAGAAGGGUCUCUCUCUUGAAAGCCAGUACCAUCUAUUGGGAGGCUCACAGACAAUGUCAAGAGGAUUCACCGUUGUGGCCUGUGACUACAUUAGUAUUGUGGGCUCAGUGGAGGCUGUGAAUGGUAAAGACGUCCUGAAGGCCUACUCUUUCAACACCUGAUGAGGGGACCAUUCCUCUGAGACUAGGGAAGUGCACAAGUGGUUUAAGACAUGCUUGGCUAUCUAAAGGUGCUUCAAGUAUUUUUUUUGAUGUUUUGAUAUUGAGAAUGCUUCUGGGCUCAUAAUGACGAUGUAACUGCGACGGCAUAAUAGAUUAACAGUGUAUUACUGUGCACUGUACACACAUACUUUCUGUGUUUUAAGUUUACAUGUCAGGAAUAUCUAAAUGAUCAAAGUAUCAAUAAUCACAGAAGACACAACUAUAUACUAUACUAUAUCAUUAUUGUGGGUCUAGAAGCUUUUCAAUUUCACAAAAAAAAAACACUAGCUGCACCAGUAUCAAGUUUGGAUAGUCUUCCCCAUAUCAGUGUUGUGAUGCCAACCAUUAUCAAAAAUUGUAUUCACGUCAGCUAUGCUAUAUCAAGUUAAGUUUACAUGUAAGGUUUACAAGGUUUAAGAUGACAACUGACAUUGUUUUUUUUACAACUUUAAUUGUUCAUGUUUUAUUUUAUCAUUCAUCUUACAUAUAAAUUUCGCAUUAUUCUAAAGCCUCUCAAUUUCCCUGAGACAA